UGUUGAAAAUGAUGGAAAAUUUCCCAAAUUUUCCGACGACUCCAUCCUCUUCAACCUCCCUCUCUCUGCAGCAAAUGCUGAUUUCUCGAGCUUCCGAGCUCGCCGGAAUCCAUGGAGGAGUCUCCGGCGGGGUUACUCUGUUGUCGGAUGGAGUAGAUUUGUCGGAGAAGAAGGUGGGUGUGCCGGCGGCCGGACGGGGAGGUUAUGAACAGAAAAAGAAGACGUUGAGCCGGAGAUUCUCUUUUCAAACAAGAAGUCAAGUUGAUAUUCUCGAUGAUGGUUAUAAAUGGAGAAAGUAUGGACAGAAGGCUGUGAAGAACAACAAAUUCCCAAGAAGCUACUACAGAUGUACACACCAAGGGUGCAAAGUGAAGAAGCAAGUGCAAAGGCUAACUAGAGACGAAGGGGUGGUGGUCACAACUUAUGAAGGCAUCCACUCUCAUCCCAUUCUCAAAUCGGCCGAUAACUUCGAGUAUAUUCUGAGUCGCAUGCAAAUUUACGCUUCUUAUUGAUCAUUUUUCAA